AUGUCGAUGCGCAGAAUCAAUUACGGGAGGAUGAGCGCAGAAGCGGCAGACCGGGUGGCAGCCGUAACAAGCAGCCGGCCCAGCACGCCGCUUCAGACUUCCUGGUUUGAGUUCCUCCUGGACGCAUCCUUGCUGGAGAAACACCUCCAAAAGUCCAACUCCGACCCGACGGGCGUACAGCUCAUCAUCCAGUUCCUGGAGCAGGCGUCAAAGCCCUCAGUGAACGAGCAGAAUCAGGUGCAGCCUCCCGUGGACAACCGCAGGAACCGCACUUUGAAGCUGCUGGCACUGAAAGUGGCAGCGUACAUGAAGUGGGAUUUGGAUGCGCUGGAGAAAGGCUUGACCAUCCCCGUGUUGAACAUGCUACUAAACGAGCUGCUAUGUGUGAGCAAAGUGCCGGCGGGCGUCAAACACGUGGAUCUGGAUCUUUCCACGCUGCCACCCACCACCGCCAUGGCCGUCCUUAUCUACAACCGUUGGGCCAUCCGAACCAUCGUGCUAAGCAGUUUUCCAGAAAAACAAACCAAACCUGGACCGCAUCAGAUGAACAUGUUAAGUGUUGUGCAGCAGGAAAAGGAAAUGACCGACAACAUCCUCAGUGUGUUAAAAGAGCAGGCUAAUGACUCCAUUAGUGUCCUGGAGGUGGCGCUACAUCUAAAGAAAGACUUCUACGUGCAUACAAUGAGGACUCUGGACCUGCUGGCCGCUGACAAUGCCGCCGCCAACGGCGAGACUGAAUCCUCCACGGCGGGUCUGCGCAUCAGUGCUAACGAGCUGCACUGCCAGGUUCAUUACGACUUGGGGGCCAUUUUCUUCCAGCAAGGCUGCACAGACCAGCCGGCCUUUGAGAAAGCAAGAGACCACUUCAGGCAGACCAAGGAGCUCUUGAAGAAGCUGAACUCUGCAGUGCAUGUCCACCUGGAUGAGGAUCGCCUGGCCGGCUACUGGAACGCCUGCAAAGCCCUGACUGGGGAUUGUGACUCAUGCGACUCUCAGACAACACACUACGAUCAGAUUAACGGGAUGCUGGGAGCCCGCAACUACCAGGCCGUGGUGGAAGCUUUCAUCAAGGACAACGUCAGCCGCAGUUUGCCUAAGCACUUCAGACGCUCCAUUCUCAGGGAGUUAAUGUACAAGGCCCAGCAAGGCGAGACGGGCCUGGACGAGGUGUGCCACCAGCUGUGCGUGUGCAACGCCGUGCGUGACGCACUGGAAGGGGAGGUGCUCAGCGUGCGCUUCCAACAGCUGCUCACGAAGCCCAGCAAGCGCCUGAUGGACUUCAUUUUAGAGGUGUGCACACGGUCGUUGGAGAAGGAGUCUUCAUCAGAAGUACCCAGGCAGAACAUGGCUACGUUCAUGCACACGCUCUGCGAAAGCCUGGAGGAGCUCUCCCUGGUGUUCAUGGUUUCAUCCCAUAAGCUCUUCACCGAGCUCCUGAGGGAAGAGGAGAGGAAGCUGCUGGUGGAGCAGAUGAGAAAGCGCUCGGCUGCCGUCAACCUCAGCGCCAAACCCCUGCCAUCCUUCUACGACAUCCCAGCGUCACCCAGUGUCAGCAUCGGGCAAUUGGAGCAGCAGCUCAUCCUCUCCUUGGAUCCACGAAGGAUCAGGCAGAUCCUCAACGAACUCCACGACAUCGCUGAUAGACCUUUUUGGAGGGUCAACAGCAAGUGGGAUGUUCCUCCAGAUUACAUCAAUGUGAUCCUAGCUAUCAAAGACAACCUGACCAAAGACAUGGUCUACAUCCUCAUGGCCAAGGGCCUCCACUGCAUAGCCAUUAAGGAUUUCUUGCACGCACGCCAGCUGUUUUCUGCCUGCCUGGAGCUGGUGACUGAGUUCUCCCCACGUCUUCGCCAAGUGAUGCUCAACGAACUUCUUCUGUUGGAGGUGCGAGCCCACGAGACGGCCGCGGCCGACGGUAGCAAGGAGAGGCCGCCCUCUGACCUUGUCAGCAGAGUGCGCGGAUACCUAGAGAUGAGGAUACGAGAUCUUCCUUUGCGGCAAGUAGUCGGCGAGGAGUGCGUGGCCUUUAUGUUGAACUGGAGGGAAAACGACUACUUGACGCUACAGGUGCCUUCCUCGGCUGUCAACAACAACCCAUACGUCAAGCUGGGCCAGCUCCUGGCGUCCACGUGUAAGGAGCUUCCUGGCCCCAAAGAGAGCCGACGCACCGCCAAAGAGCUUUGGGAGGUCGUGGUGCUGAUUUGCAGUGCCUCCGUCCAGCACAAGAGAAGCAACGACGGACGCGUCGGACUCAUCAAGCACAGGGAGUCGUCCAUGGGCAUCCUGACGAGGAGUAAAUUCAUAACGUUUGUCAAGAAGAUCAGAGAGCCGCUCGUGCUGACUGCGUUGAUAUCACUUUUCGUCAGGCUGCACAGCAUCGUCGGGGACGAAAUCGUCAACGAAGUCACGGCCGAGCAUCUUGCCAUCUGGCCCUCAUCUUUGCCUAACAUCCAGGCGGUGGAUGUUGAAGCAGUGGCAGUGACUGUUAAGGAGCUUGUGACCUACGCCCUCACGCUGAACCCCAACAACCAAUCUUGGCUUAUCACACAGGCAGACAUAUAUUUUGCGACCAAUCAGUACUCGGCUGCCCUCAACUUGUAUCUGCAGGCCGGCGGCGCAUCAUCAGAUUUCUUCACCAAGACUGUACCGCCGGAUGUCUACACGGACCAGGUUCUGAAGAGGAUGAUCAAGUGCUGCUCCAUGAUGAACUGCCACACACAGGUGGCAGUUCUCUGUCAGUUCCUAAGGGAAGUGGACUACAUGACGGCUUUUAAAGCGCUCCAAGAGCAAAAUAGUCAUGACGCCAUGGAUUCCUUCUACGACUACAUCUGGGACAUCACCAUUUUGGAAUACCUCACGCACAUCCACCACAAACGUGGCGAAACAGAGAAAAGACAAAUCGCGAUAAAGGCAAUCGGCCAGGCUGAGCUGAACACGAGCAACCCGGAGGAGGUUUUGCAGUUAGCUGCACAAAAACGCAAGAAGAGAUUCCUGCAGGCCAUGGCUAAACUCUACUUCUAA